AUGAUGCCGACGAUGGAGACCUUCACCCUUCUCUUGGCGAUUGUCCUAAUGCUUUACCUUAAUCCUGGAGAUUACAUGUCAUCCUCUGACACCAUCGGAGCCUUUGAACCCUUAAGUAGCACCAACCGAUGCUCCAAUUCAGCGAACCCUAGCAGGAAAGAACGAGGACUCGCUUCUGCAGAUGAUCAGCCCUCGUCGAGCACUGGAAAGUCCUAUAAAUCGAUCGUGGAAAAAAAACGUUCUUUAUCCAAUAAACGAGCAUUCGUCGUGCCGGAUGAUCAACCCUUACCCACUGGCAAAUAUACGAGCGUAGAUGUGCAUGCAGAAGAAAUAGAGCUAGAUCGACUACCACGCAGAAAAGAAUUCGUGGAACCAGAACCUAUCCCUAGCACGAGCAAAGCAUUCUUGGAACCAGAACCCAUCCCUAGCACGAGCAAAGCAUAUGUAGAAUCGAACCCUAUGCCAUCCACAAGCAAAGCAGCUUCCACCGAAGCUCCUUUCGAAUCCCCCUUCGAAGUUCCCACCACGGAUACCACCAGUAGCCGCCAAGACAGAUUCUUCAGAAAAAAACCCAAGGAAUCAAAAGAUUUAAUUCCUAGCUACUUGGACAGCAUAUUAGACAGCGACGUGUUAAACUAUUACGAACAGAAUAUGGGAAGCAUACACAGUGAGGACAUGGAUGUAGAAAAUCUAUUCGACGAGUUGUGUGUACAAACGUACGUCAUGUCCGCACAUCUAAUGGUGCAUGGUGAUGCAAACCAGAAGGAAAGUGCCUAUAUGAGCAUAUGCAGAGAUUGUCACCAUUUCUUCGUGAGUGAUAAGGAGUGCCUAGAUAAUUCGAUUAACAUGUCCAUAAAGAAUGAUAACGAGAAGGAAACAGUCAUCAAAGUGCCCUUGUUAGGCCUGCGGUAUGCGAAAUCAAAUAAGUCAGACCAGUCCUUUCUGGUGAACUUCCCAGUGACGUACAUCCUGUCAAAGCUAACGUCCAGCGUACUCAACAUGGAUUCGUACGAUACAAAGAGCAUGUCAAUAACAUGUGAUAUUUUGAGGAAAAAAUUGGAAAGAGAUAUAAAUGAAAAUUUAGUAAAGUUUCCAAGCGAUAUGGGUAUUUUCUCGGACUACAUUUUAUCGUAUAAGAAAAAUUUUAAAAAUGAAAUGAGUAACAACAUAAAGGACCUGUCGGACCCACUGCACAGUUGUAAAGAGUUGUUGAGGUCAUUUGAAAAUAUGGAGAUAUUAACUACUUCCUUGCUGAACAAGUCAGGCACAAAAUAUGCGGAACAUCGAGCUAGCCAAAAAAAAAUGGAAAGUUUUGUUUUCUCCAUUUUCAAUUUCAAUUACAGAGAAUAUGAUAUAAAUGUUCAUAUUAAACUAAUAUACGAUUUUUCCCACAUAAUUUAUGGCAUCAUAGAAAGGGUUAAAAAAGUCUACAAUAACGAUAUCAAAUUUUUAUUUUUAAAAGAUUUGGAGACCCCUGAGUUCUUUUUCUUAAGAAAUAAUUUGAACAUAAAAAACAUUUGCUCCAUAAAUAUAAUUGCCACAAUUUCUUGGUUUUUCAAUCAAGUGAAUAUGGGACUAUAUAACAAGAACAAAACGGUUCCGUAUUUAUUUAUGAAAAAAUUCUCAUAUAAAAAUAUUGAGAAAAUAGUCAAAAUGGAAAGCAUCCAGAAGAAUGUGCCAAAAGAGUACAUCACGGAUUUGUGCAUUAAUACCAUGGCAGAGAUGGUCGAUAUGGUCGGUUCGGCUUUGAUUGCUUACCAAAAUGACAAUUUAUCAGAACUUGAUGAAGAAAUUGAUGCGGCGGAACAUGCACGAGACACAUCGUCAGGUAGAGACACCCCCAGAGCGCAAAGUCCAGUGUCAUCGUCCGGUGGAGACACCCCCAGGGCGCAAAGUCCAGUGUCAUCGUCCGGUGGAGACACCCCCAGAGCGCAAAGUCCAGUGUCAUAUAUAUCUCUAUUAUUAUCAUCCCCAUUGGGACACAUACCCUACUCCUUUUCACCGGACCCAGCUGUUCCUGCAUCACCACCUCCACCUCAAACUAGGAAAGCGGUAACCCCAAAAUUUACCUUCUCCAACAUAAUUAAAUACGCAGAGAUGUCCCUUCUAAAGGAAAGGCUAAAUGUACUUCUCGUAGAAGAUACGUCAGACGGUGGCAGCAGCAACGAAUCCCAAAAAGAUAUACAGACCUUACAGAAGAACUUUUGGGCCAGGGAAAAUUUUAUUUGUUUAAUGAAAAUUUUCUCAAGCAAAAUGAAUUUUCACCUUUCUGGAUUGCAAAAAUCCUUCCUACAAAAGCUUACACUUGAGAAUUAUAAAUCGUACGCAAUUUUAAAUAGACCCCUUGAUGAUAGAAAUCAUAUGUACUUUUGCAGCUUGCCCGGGGAGUACUUGAUUCACAAAAUAUUUUCUUCAAAAAAAAAGGAUCUCCUCACUUGGUUGAAAGAAAAGGAAAACGUCAGCUUCGUAAUUGCACACCCAGAUGAUGAAAUUAUGUUUUUUUUUCCAACCAUAAAAUUAUUAUUUGAAAAGAAAAAAAAAGAAGAGAUUUUCCUUCUCUCUCUAACAAAUGGGGAUUUCUAUAGCCAGGGGAAAAUCCGAGAAAAGGAAUUGUACCAUGUUUGGUCCUACCUAGGGGGGGUCAAAAACAACUGCAAAGUUAUGAAUGAUCCGGAUGUGCAAGACGGUUCGGCCCUCUGGAAUGACCAACACCUUGCAGACAUCCUAGCAGACUACUGCACACGGUGUAACAUAAGCAACAAGAGAUUUCUGACGUUUCGGUUGAUGUACCUCUACAGGUCCCAGUUCGUGUACUACCGCAUUCUGUUUUGCCUUUUCUCUCAGUACGCCUACUUCAACGCCUUCGACUUGAUCAGCUAA